AUGAGGAGUACCAUGAGGAUAUGGACAGUGAGUAACAGUGUGUCUGUAUGCUGGUCGGUGUGUGUCGUCUAUCUUCUCGCCGCCUCCGUCACCUGUGGCAGCGCAUGUCCCGUGCAGCGGGCGCUCAGGGUCGACAACUCCUCAUCCGCCUCGACCUCCACCUCCGGCCGGCAUGUGCGCAGCUACGUGCACCUCCAGGGAGACGUGCGCCAGCGGAAACUCUUCUCCUUCCAAAAGUUCUUCCUUAGGAUCGGGAAAGACGGCAGAGUCAACGGCACCAAGAGAAAAGACGAUCCCUACAGUAUUUUGGAGAUCACGUCAGUGGAUGUUGGGAUCGUUGCCGUCAGAGGUCUCAGCAGUAACCUUUACCUGGCUAUCAGUAAGAGGGGAGAACUGUACGGAGCGAGAGUCUAUGGUAUAAACUGCCGUCUGAAGGAGCGCAUCGAGGAGAACGGAUACAACACGUACGCAUCCGCGGAGUGGAAGAACAAGAAACGACAGAUGUUUGUAGGUCUGAGCGCUCACGGAAGGCCUCUGCGUGGGAGAAAAACCCGCAGGAAGAACACAGCUACACACUUCUUACCCAUAAUGGUGUGACUUUUGUUGUUUAAUGCUGACGGGAUGGAGAGAGAGACCGAAGAUAAAGACUUUGUCCACACGCGACUCUUUGUAGCGGCUGCAGUUCUGUGUUUGCUUGCUCCUUCAUUACUCUUUGGUUCAAGGCACUCAACUUUAUGCUCAUGCCAGCUGAUAUUCAGUGGUAAACAAUCUCAAAAGGCUUUCAUUUCCAUUGUGCAUUAUUCAAGUGAUCUAUAAUUGUGGAUUAUGUGUGCAAGAGUUUCCUUCAAGCUCUUUUCAAUAUAAGAACGUCUUACAUUUAUUUCUAAUGGACAUGAACAUCUUAUAGGAGCGGCUCUAAGGCUGCAUGCGUCGCACAGAGAAAGAUAGUGGCGAUGUAUAUGGGGAUGUAUUUGUAUCUUCUAAAAACUUUUGGACUGCUUUGAAAUACAUAAAUUAUUUAUUUGUAUUGUAUUUAAAUAAAAUACUCUAAAAAACAUAUUAAAAGCAUAUAAAAUGGA